UUCGUGAUGUUGUCAUUACAGGAGAAAACUACGAACUGAUGUUGCAGCAGCUUUUCCUAACCUUAGUGCUGAACAGUUGACUGAGUUUAUUCCAAACAAGGAAGAGCUUAAUGUCAUCAAAAUAUACUCUCACAAAGGGGAGGCCAUCACUGUUUACACGAAUAACAGGAACCCAAUACUGUUUGAAAUUGAGAAAGCUCUGUAUCCAACAGUGUACACCCUGUGGGUCUACCCAGAUCUUCUCCCUGCUUUUUCAACAUGGCCCCCUGUGCUACAGAAACUAGCAGGAGGAGCAGAUCUGAUGCUGCCAGGAGUUGUAGUGCCAUCUUCUGGCUUUCCUCAAGUAGAGCGGGGCACGCUCUGUGCUGUCACCCUCUUGGGAAACAGAGCUCCAGUGGCAGUUGCAGUUGCCACUAUGUCCACUGCGGAGAUGCUGGCUGCUGGAAUGAAGGGGAAGGGCUUUGCAGUGUUGCACACUUACACGGAUCACCUCUGGGAAUAUGGUGACAAAUCUUGUCCUCCUACCUUAGCUCCCUUGGUAACAGAUCCUGCUGAAAAGGAGAGUGAUGAAGAUGAGGAAGAGGUGGAGGGGAAAGAGCCUGUCAUCAGCUUCUCCACUGACCCGUUGCAGCAUGUGGAUGUUGGUGAUUUGAGCCUGAAGGAGCAAGACAGUUGUGCAAUGCUGACGGGGAAGGAGGAACUCAAUGAGAACAGAGCAGCAGAAACAGCUGAAGGUGCCGACACAGAGGUUCAGCAGGAAGCUGAAGACAGCAGGACUCCACAAGAGCAAAUGGAUGCGUUAUUUAAUCAGUGCUUUUUUCAUGCCUUAAAAUGCAAAGUAAAGAAGUCUGAUCUCCCUCUGCUCACCAGCACAUUUCUGCGCAGCCAUAUGUUCUCAUGCUGCCCUGCUGGACAACAACUGGACAUAAAGAAAUCAAGCUAUAAGAAGUUCUCUAAAUUCCUGCAAUGUAUGCAGCACCAGAAGAUCUUACAAGUGAAGGAGCUGAACAAAGGUGUGGAGAGCAUCGUGGAAGUGGACUGGAAACAUCCAGACAUUAAAGCAUUUGCAGUACCUGAAGGAUUUUCUUCAGCCUCUGCUGCCCAAGACAGCAAGAGUGAAGAGAGAGAACAAGUGUACCAUGCUCCUGAAAUCAUUCCGCUUUAUGGGGUCUCAACAAAAAUGAUCCCACUCUUUCAGGAAUCUGGACACAGAAAAGGCAGCAUCCUCUCAAGCAGUGAGGUGAGAAACAUCAUCAUUAACUAUGUGAAGACUAAUGAGUUGGUUGAUGAAACAAACAAAAACUUUGUAAAGGUGAAUGCCAUUCUGUGCGACUGCCUGUUAGAUAAAUCAGAACAAGAUGAAAUCUCCAACCUUAAAUGGGAUGACCUCUUGAGCAGGUGCCUUGAACGACUGCAGCCCUUACACCAGGUGACAUUUUUUGGACAAGAACCUAUUGUGAGGAAAGGAAACAUUGAGCCCAUCAACAUAACCGUAGCACAGAGAUCAUCAAAUAAGAAGGUGACAAUUAUCAAGAACCUGGAGCUGUAUGGUCUGGACCCACAGUGUGUAGCCAACGUUCUGCAACAAAAAGUACAAGCCAGUGCCACCAUCACCCCAGUACCAGGAACAAAAGACAGAGUUCAGGUCCAGAUCCAAGGCAACCAAAUCCAUCAUCUGGCCAAGAUGCUGCUAGAAGAAUACCAGCUACCUCGGAAAUAUAUUCAAGGCCUUGAGAAGGCUCCAAAACUUGGCCGGAAGAAAUAAGAGAAAAAUCUAUUGUAAGAAUUCCUCAGAUCUCAUUAUUUAUAGAAGUGUUUUGCCAAGAAAUCAAGAAUAACAUAUAGGCCCUAUUCAUUCAAAAAUGAGUCCUGGAUGUUUACAAGGUCUAGGAGUCACCUAAUGAAUAAUAUUGCUCCAGCUGUUCAUUUUUCAUAAAAAUAAAAAGUGGAAUAAAACCCCUAGCAUUACCCUUUUCCAUAUAUUUUCUAGAAGUUCCUAAUGGUGCACUGUUUUUCUGUCUGUGGUGGUUUUUGGCUAGUUCAACAUUCUUGCUUUGCGUGUCUUAGCAAAGGCGUGGUAAUAGAACCUCCAGUGCAGUGUAAGCAGAGUGCUGGAACAGUCCGGUGUGUUCUGCCAUAGACUGUGGAGAGCAGAAGUAAAACCCAUUUUAUUCUAGGUUUUAUCCUUUUAAACAUUGCCAAGUAUUAAUAUCAGACAUUUCAGCACUGGGAAUGAACUCUAUUAGCUGGCUUUUUAUGGUUUAUAUUAAUUUUAUAUAUAAAUACAUUUUAACGUGACAUUAACUGUAAUUUAUCACAGGUAGAACCGGGUCACAGUUCUGUCAAAUCAGCUAAAAUAUUAAGAGAAGAUUAAUGGAACGCUUUGGUCAGGUUUCACAGGGAUAGAUGUUCUGUACCUCUUUAGCUGAAUCUUAAAAACACUUCACAGUAGGGUUAAGAAGUUUAAAUUCACUUCUAGAAAAGAUUCCUGUAUUUUCCCCUUUAAAUUUAAUACAUGAAAGUUCCAUAGGAGGGCGCCAGAAAAAGAAGCUAAAGAGAUUUGUUUGAUUACUGACAGUUUUAUUAUCGUUGUCUUUUACACUGUCUACAUAUGAACAAGUAGUUUCAGAACCUUCGAAAAAGCUGAAAAGUGAGACAUUUUUUAAAAAUGCCAUGGAAUUACUAGGGAGUAGUAAAAAUAAAUUACAGCAUUGCAAAAAUGCAUUUCACUUUGCCAUAGAAGCUUUACUAUUCCAUUCUAUACACAUUAUUUUACAUGUUUUACAACAGACAGAAAAAUAAAUUCACACAAACCAGGCAAGACAAUAUACUAACCAAAGGCACUGCCAACAGUAUUUUGCGCUUAAGGAAGGGGCCAACGCUUCUGUCCUAAACAGCUCAACUGACUGUUGAGAAUUUGAGUUUCAAGAUCUACCUGUUCUUCAAACGCCCCGUAUCUUGAAAAAAAAAAAAACACAAAAAAACCAAAAGAAAGAAACAGCCCUCCGCUUUGCAGGAGGGUUUCAGCAGCAUUCACGGUAAUUGCAUAAGAAGCCAUGCCUUCUACAAAAUGUCAAAGACAUGCUGGGUGCCGGGAGGGGAGGGGGAGACAGUCACCAAAACUAGUAGAAAACAACAACAAAAAGGAAAUCUUUACAACUUUUAGCCAGAACGAGAAGGGAUUUAAAAAACAAGCAUCUGGAUCUUACCUCUCAGAACCAAUGGCAGUUUUUACCGUGGUCUUCCUCUUGACCGAACAGAAGUAUUUAUACAGUGCUUCAAGACUCGCAGCACUAGAUAAAUGUUAUUUGAAUUACUUCACAAGUGCAUAGUGAAGUAAUCAGUAUUCUUGGAAAUGGACAAACAGCCCCAAAGCAUGAAAACUGCUGCUUUUGGGGCUGCUGUCACGCUGUUAAAGGUCAUCUGGGUGUAGAUACAGUACAGCUGGGAGGCCCGUCCUGCGCCGCGGGCCCGAGCCCUGUUACGCUGCUGACUCGAACACGAGCUGGCACUAAGCUUGCAGAGAGUGGCAUUUAUACAAACCGAGGGGCUCUAAGUGAUGCAGUUACUCUCGUAGGGUUUAUAAACAAAUAUACUCCAGUAGAAAUCGGGGAGGGGG